AUGGCUGCUCCUCAGCACUUGAAGCUGAGAGUAUCUGAGAACAACGGACUACCAUGGACUCAACAUCCUGAUUACGUCGAGGUAUGCCGUACCAUCAGCCGGUCUGGAGACCCAACAUCAUAUAGUCCACCGCAUCACCACGGAUCUUCGCUAACGGAUCGAACCCAAUUCUCCGUAGGACUUGCUGGAUUCAAUGUGAACAACCUGCCAGAGGUAUUCUACCACCUCUGGCCCAGCAAGGAGUGGUGGGACCAUGCGAAGAGCGCGAAGCCACCCCAGAAAAUCGACGCAAACGGCAACUUGAUGUUCGAACGAACGCCAAGGGACUGGGCACCUCGGCCGCUGCUGGACUUCCCAAUCUUAAAGAACCUUGAUACGAUAAGCUCAGAGGUCCCAGCAUGGUUCAUUGAACUGUUGAUGAGAAUGGAUGGGAGGCUCGACUGGAAGGACAUCCUGAUGAGGAUCAAAUACCCUGGAGGAAGACGUGAGGAUGAGAAGAUCUUCCGGAACACGCUCCAGCAGAGGAUGGGGAGAGCGCGGGAGAGGUUUUCAAUGGUCUCCUGGAGGGACACUGCUGGGAUUAGUAACGCUGUCCGGGACCGUGUUCUCAGUGGGCUUACCCCAGCUCAACUCGCUGCGAGGGGCGGACUUGGAACCACGAGAGGAAUCACUCCUGGCUCUAGAGAUAGCCAAGGAAGAGUGAUUCCAGUCCCUGGUAGGAGGGCUCGGGGAACUGCCAACGCUGGAACCACGGCCUCUCAAAUACAGCAGCCACAGGUUCAGACUGCACACGCGGGUCCUUUGAACGCACCUUUGCGACAAAAUUACCCAAACACAGAUGCAGGUUCCGCUACUGUCAUCUUGGCGCAAAACCAACCAUCGAGAUCCCAGGAUGGUUCCAGAAGCGACCAGCCAAACGUGCAGUCAAAUUCUGCUACCCAUCCCUCAGCAUCAUCUGUAUUCUUCCCAAAUCGCCGACGAAGCGCGGAUACAAAACCUACGAUGGUCGAUCCCCAAGAGUACCAUUCCUCGACGUCGUACGCCGCGCACACAUCUCCUCAACCCUACUCAUCUAGAGCCUCAAACGCUGGUCCUUCGUAUAAAGCGACUCUUCCGAUCAUGGGAGGUCGGAAGGCUUCCAAUGCUGCGGAAGGGGUGACCCAACACAAACAGCCAUCAGCAGCACAGGUGGCAGAUGAAUAUACGCAACAUGUUCCAAACAAUACGCCGUAUGCUGAAGCCACCGCCAACCAGUACUCUCAACAUCGCGAAAAACAUGCAGGUUCUUUGUCUGGCAAUUAUAUCCAGACAGUGACCUCCCACGUGGGAGCCUCAACAGGUCAGCAGAACAUCCGGCUAGUGCCCUACUCAUCCUCUAGUGAGGGGAGUGAUGGGGUCGAUGAGAAGGAUCGUGAUGAAGACGAAGAAGAUAAAGAGAACGACGAGGGUUAUGGGGAUGCUGAAGAUGACGUGGAAAUGCCCUUGGCCGAAGAAGACCCCAGGAUGAAAAAGUUGACAGCCAAUGAGCGCCGCGAACUGGAAAGAUACCUGGAGCAAGACCGUAUCCGAACGCAGAUGUGCUUGGAUGGGAGGAUGUCCUUGAUUGAGCUUAUGUCAGUCAUGCAAAGCAAUGAGGCUGAGCUCAAGUCGGGUCUAAAGAGAGCGAGAGGGGACAUCAGUGACGAUGAUGAAGUGGAGGAGAUGCAUAAUCGGAGAGCAAAGCGGACGAAGAGAGGAGUUGCUGCUGUAUCAGGCAAUCAACCGCUUUCGGAGACUCACCGACCUACCUAUAGCGGCUUUGACGAACCGCAACCUGGACCUUCGGGAGAAUACCAUCGCCAAGGCGCCUUGGCAAACACAUACCGUCGUCCUACUACUCGCCCUAUCGGAUCAGCCGUUCAGAGGCUACACAAUGAUCGCUUAAGACGUCCUGCUCCGAAGGCCACGCACAAAAAGACUACUCCUUACUACCCUCAGCCAGACAUGGUUACAGGUGAUGAGGAGUACAAUAUAUACAAUUUUCAGAUAGACUCUCAACAACCACAGCAGCCUUCUCAGCAACGUAAUGGCUUGGGCGAUGGGAUCUUUCAUUCUGAUGUUGAACAACCGCGACCCGGUCUUCAACCUUACCAGUCCCAGCAGGAAAUUGACAUGGGAAACGCAAACACUUACACGAACACUGGAGAGCUUCAACCUCGGCCCUCGUCACGUCGUCAGCGUCAGGCAGGUAGCGAGAGAUUCAGCUCAGUCCUGAACUCCACCGUUGAAGAAAUCUCAGGUGAUGCGCCAGCCCACGUCCCAGACAAUGCUCUGGAAGGCUACAACUCGCACGACUGUGGGGACCAGUCGAAUCCCGUGGAGUCAGCUCGCAUCGACGCGUAUACAGCGCCUCGGCGAGCCUAUCAGCAACCUACCGCGAGCACUGUCCGGGACGAUCCGUUCUUUAGCGACGAGUUGUUCAAUGGGAUGCUGGAUGGUCGGCCCGACGCUAAUCACGUCGGAAGCAUGUACACUCGCGCUCAGCAGCGAGAAAUCGACAACUACUACCAGCGACUGAUGGCACCACGUGCUGGGGUCGAGAACGAGAGCGGCACUCCAGAGGAUGUCAUGCCGCCGCCACCGCGAUUCAGAGAGGAAGAGCUCCAAACCGUCUUCGUGGCUGACUUACUGGACCCGCAUAGUCGACCUCAAGCAGCGCAGGCUCAUAUACCUUACAACGUUCCCGUUGAUCCCGUGCAAGGUGGUAACGCCCCGCCGGUUGCACAGACCCCGCCGGAUGAUAGUCUGGUCGUUGGCAAUAUUACAAGCUGGGAUCCCGCGUGGUCGGCAUUCGGCAAUGACCAUGACGCGGGGCCGCUCCUGCGAGGCCAUUAUCCGGAUGAGUACCCUUGA